UAAAUUUAAAAAAUGUUAUUUUUUGUAUGAUGUCUGCUCAGUAAACAUUAAUGCAUGUUCUUUAAUUCUGGAAAAUUCUGGAUUUCCAAAUCUAUAAAAGUAGUACACACGCAAAGUUGUCACAAAAUUUACAUUCAAUCAAUAAAAGAAUACCUUUAAGAUAUAUUAUAGCGAUUCAUAACUUAAUGAAUUUUACAGGAAGUUAGGUGUGCUUAUGUUAUAUUGCUGAUGAGUGGUUACUGGGUGACUGAUUGCUUUCCUAUAGCAAUAACAUCUCUCAUCCCGGUGGUCAUGUUCCCAGCUUUGGGUAUAUUAAGUACGGCGGAUACAUGCGCCUGUUACAUUAACGACACAAUAAUGGUGUUCAUUGGUGGUCUGAUCCUCGCUAUUGCCAUUGAGCACAGCAAUCUUCAUCUUAGAAUUGCUCUUGGUGUCAUGAAGACGGUUGGCUGCAGUCAUGCAAAAUUACUCGGUGGCCUAUGUGUAGUCACAACCUUUAUAUCCAUGUGGGUGUCAAAUACCGCCGCUACCGCUAUGAUGGUGCCCAUAAUAUUCGCCGUUUUGCGUGAAUUGGAACAAGCAGGAUUAGGAGCAGUGUUUAAAAGACUAGAAAUUGAUGCAGAAAGACCUGAUAUUCCGCCUGAGAUAAGACCGACGAAAAUAACAAAAGCAUAUCUCUUGUCGGCGGCUUACUGCUCAACGUUUGGUGGCACCGGAACACUAGUGGGAACUGGUACAAAUCUGACUUUCAAAGGAAUUUAUGAAAGUACAUUUCCCGAAGCUGAAGGAAUCAGUUUUACUGAUUGGAUGAUAGCAUCUUUUCCUCAAAUGGUUGUCAAUUCCUUCCUUACCUGGUUAUACAUGCGAAUUGCUUUUUUGGGAUAUCUCAGACCGCACAGUAAAGAGGCACAAGUGGCCACAAUUGGAAGAGAAGGUGAAGCCAUCACAAAUCAACCGACUCAGGGUGUUAAACAAACCUAG